AUGGCGACUCGCUUCUUACCUUCUUCGCUCUUCUCUCUCUCUAAACCUCAGGUCCCAUUGGCAGCUCUGUCUCGUAUCCUAUUUGCAGGUUGCCAUGGACGUUUGCUUGCUGUGAUAGAUUUGGCUGCUAAGAAGUGUGUGCCAUGCAACUCAAAGGAUCUGCAAGCGAUGUCUGAAGAAAAUGCAACUGCCUUUCUGUUGAAGGUUGCUGGGUGGAAUUUGGUGAAUGAAAAUGGUACACUAAAGCUGAAUCGUUCAUGGAAAGUAAAGAGUUUUACUAAAGGGCUGGAACUGUUCCAGCUUGUUGGGAAUGUUGCUGAAACAGAAGGUCAUCAUCCGGAUCUUCAUCUGGUUGGAUGGAACAAUAUAACAGUUGAGAUAUGGACUCAUGCAGUGGGUGGACUAACGGAAAAUGACUUCAUACUUGCUGCUAAGAUAAAUGGGCUUAACCUGCACCACCUACUGAGAAAGAAGGCUGCUGCUUGA